GUGGCACCUGGAACGAGGGGAGUGGCGUGUGAUCGAGAGCCUGAAUGCCCCGCCACCGCGCUGUUCUCACCAGGCUGUGUGCUACCGGGAGCACCUCUACGUGUUCGGUGGGGAAUUCGGGACAAGCGACCAAUUCUACCACUAUCGAGACCUCUGGCGGCUCGAUUUGAAAAGCAACAAAUGGGAGGAGCUUCCCCUUCAGAAAGACACGCCCUCUGCCCGCUCGGGGCAUCGUACCGGCCUGGGAUCGAACGCGUA